UCAGAAGUUGGUUAGUUCACUGAAGCGAACGACGUGUUGAUUUUUCCGUAUUUAUUCGAUUCAACUCUCGUUUAUCCUAAAAAUAGGAAAAUAAAACGAAUCGACUAUUUUAUGUAUUUGAAUCACUAUGCCGCCUCGUAAGCAGGAGUACGGCGUUAAACAAUCGAGCGGGACGAGAAGCGGAUCACUGAUCCACAUCAGACCGCCUGUGAGCGCGAUCUCCCUGCGUCGACACUCCGCCGUCGUGCCUUCGGUGCUGACGUUCGCCGUUAUCGUGGCAUCCGGAGGCCUGUUGCUUAUGAUAGAGAAGGGAAUGCUCAACAGCGUGGAGACUCCGCCGCCACGGGCCAACGGGAGGAAAGUGGACCUCCGAGCCAGGAAUAAUGCCCCAGCUGUGGACGUGGAGUCUCAGAUUUUACAGGAGAUCCGUAACCGCACCAUAAGAUCAAUGUGUGGUCAGAACAACAUGCCUCACAAUGUCUGGUCCCUCAGUCCCCUGCAGAGGAAAACUCUCCUCCAGCACAUACUAGUGAAUGAUGAGCAUCGUUUCCUGUACUGCUAUGUACCCAAAGUAGCCUGCUCCAACUGGAAACGUGUGCUGAAAGUACUGAGUGGUGCUCUGGUUAAUGUGGACGUCAAAGUGAAGAUGGAUCAUCGUGCGGACUUGCUCUUCCUUUCCGACUUUUCACCCGAAGAGAUACGUUAUCGACUACGGCACUAUUUUAAAUUCCUGUUCGUACGGGAGCCAAUGGCCCGCCUGCUUUCUGCCUAUCGCAACAAGUUUGGCGAAAUUGAGGCAUACCAGCGUAAAUAUGGAGCAGAGAUCAUACGACGUUAUAGAAAAGGCUAUGCAAAGGAUGAAAAGAUAGCAGGAAAUGAUGUGUCAUUUACAGAGUUUGUUCGUUAUUUGUUAGAUGAAGAUCCUGAGCGCAUGAACGAACACUGGAUGCCCAUCUACAACCUGUGCCAACCCUGUGCCAUAGAAUACAAUUUCAUAGGCUCAUAUGAAAGGCUGGAGAGUGAUGCGGCAUAUGUGUUGGAACGUGUUGGGGUGCCACAACAAGUACGUUUUCCUGAACGACAAACAUGGUACAAACCUGUUACAAAAGAAACGCUGCAUUAUUAUUUAUGCACUGUGCCACAGAAAUUUCUCAAAGAACUCCUGCCCAAGUAUAUAUUAGACUUUUCUCUGUUUGGCUAUCCUUUGCCCAACACAACCACUGAAUACUGUAGGCAUUAGCAAAGCUGUUUUUUUUGGGGGGUGUAACAUUUAAUGUCAAUAUUUUUAAUAAUUAUUACUUUUUUUUUUUCUGUACAAAAUUUAAAUAAAAAAAGCCUCAGUACAGUGUAUUUGAGAGCUAUUUAAGUUUACACCACUAUUUAAAAUGGGAAGUACUCGAUCAAAUACUUUGUGUUCAUGAGAUGCAGUGGUAUGUCCUUGAGUUGGGCAUAUAAUUUAAAACAUUGUGCUGUGCGCAAGAAUAUCAUGGGAGUUUUAUAUCAGUAAGCACAAGCUUUUAUCAAUUUUCAAUGUCAAUGCAAUAAUAGUUUACAUUUAGGCUAUUUUUUAUAUAUAUUUUUUAACCAUUUUAUUAAAUAUAAUUUUUACUUAAAUCUUUUGAUUGUCUAGAUAUUUAAUAAUUGAUAUUUAGGCUUUCACCCUUACUAAUGAGAUAAGUGGGAUUCUAAUUCAAAUUUAUGGUCAUUCAGAAAGAGUUCUUCUGGUGCUGCAUUUGAUCUUUCUACAAAAUUAAACAUGAAGCUUAUAGAGCAAGGUGAGAGUCUUCAAGUAACUUUUUAGGGCGUAACUAUCUGUAUGUAAUGAAAUUGAGUUUCAUACGACAAAAUAAACUAAGCGAAAAAAGAAACGUCAUUUUUUUCAGGACAUUGUAUUUUAAAAAUAAUUUUGUAAAAAUCCAAAUAGCUUUACACAUCUUAAUUGUAAAAUAGGUUUUCCAUGCUUGUUCAAUGAACCAUAAACAAUUAAUGAACAUGCACCUGUGGAUUGGUUUUUAAGAAACUAACAGCUUACAGAUGGUAGGCAAUUAAGGUCACAGUUAUAAAACUAAAGAAACCGUUCUACUGACUCUAAAAAAACACCAAAAGAUAGAUGCCCAGGGUCUCUGCUCAGCUGCGUGAAUGUGCUUUAGGCAUGCUGUAUUGGAGGCAUGAGGACUGCAGAUGUGGCCAGGGCAAUAAAUUGCAAUGUCCGUACUGUGAGACACCUAAAACCGCACUACAGGGAGACAGGAAGGUCAGCUGAUCCACCUCGCAGUGGCAGACCACGUGUAACAACACCUGCACAGGAACGGUACAUCCGAAGAUCACACCUGCUGGACAGGUACAGGAGGGCAACAACAACUGCCUGAUUUACACCAGGAAUGCACAAUCCCUCCAUCAGUGCUCAGACUGUCCGUAUAGGCUGAGAGAGGCUGGACUGAGGGCUUGUAGGCCUGUUGUAAGGCUGGUCCUUAACAGACAUAAUCACAACAAUGUUGCCUAUGGGCACAAAAGCCCAUUCACUGGACCAGACAGGACUGGCAAAAAGUGAUCUUACCUGACGGGGUGAUGGUCGGACUAGCGUUUAUCGUUGAAGGAAUGAGUGUUACACUGAGGCCUGUACUCUGGAGCGGGAUCCAUUUGAAGGUGGAGGGUCCGUCAUGGUCUGGGGCAAUGUGUCAUGACCCUCCAGCAUGACAAUGCCAUCAGCCAUACUGCUCGUUCUGUGCGUGAUUUCCAGUAAGACAGGAAUGUCAGUGUUCUGCCAUGGCCAGCAAAGACCCGUGAUCUCAAUCCCACAUCUGGGACCUGUUGGAGCAGAGGGUGAGGACUAGGGCCAUUCCCCCCCAGAAAUGCAAGUGCCUUGUUGGAAAAGUGGGGUAACAUCUCACAGCAAGAACUGGCAAAUCUGGUGCAGGACAUGAGGAGAUGCACGACAGUGGCCAGAUACUGACCUUUUUUUUUUUUUUUCCUCAUUUAUUCUGGUAAUUGUUUUUUCCCUAACCAAUGAUACAGACUGAGAAUAGAUUAUAUUUAUUGUGUAAGAACAAAGACAAAAACAGGCUAAUGCUGAUUAAAAUUACAAGUACAUUUUAUGAAGAUAAUGCUGAGUGAUGCUUGACUGUGCAAAACUCACUGCCACAAUGUUGCAAUGCAGUUGCUUCGAUGUGUGUUUUUAAGCAGGUUGCUAAGCAGUUGCUAGGGUGUUCUUGAACCCAAGUCAAAUCCCCCUCCCAAUUACUGACGAUAUGGCUUCAUCAUUUCUGGAAUGUUUCACCUGUUUGAACAAUGCCGGCCAUGCAAACAUUGCAAGUCUGACCACUCAGAAAAGUAAUGGCACACGUCUCAACAAUAAGCCACAUUAUUCAAGGUGUUAUUUAUGUCCUUAGCAAACACCAGAGCAUGAGCUGCACUUCAAAAUGUAAUACUUAAUGUUGAGAUGUGUUUAGUUCUCUAAACAUGAGCAAUAGUAAUAGUGAUGCUUGCCUAAGCAAACACCAAUUAUUUAAUAGAACAAGUGUUUGUGACAUUAAAGGGAUAGUUCACCCAAAGGUGAAACUUCUCUCAUCAUUUACUCACCCUCAUGCUAUCCCAGAUGUAUAUGAUUUUAUUUCUUCUGCAGAACACAAAUAAUAAUUUUUAGAAGAAUAUCUCCACUUUGUAGGCCCAUACAAUGCAAGUGAAUGUGGGUACUAAAAUUUUGAAGCUCCAAAAUCACAAGGGAAGCAUAAAAGUAAUCCAUAUGACUCCAGUGGAUUAAUUAAUGUCUUCUGAAGUGAAACGAUGUGUGGGUGAAUAAAAAAUGUAAGUCCUUUUUUUUUUUACUAUGAAUUCUUCUCCCUGCCUAGUAGGUGGCGAUAUGCACGAAAAUGCUAAUCACCAAUAACAAAAGAAGAAAGCGAACGUGGUGAUUUAUAGUAAAAAUGGACUGAAAUAUUUACCGGUUUCUCACCACACCUACCAUAACGCUUCUUUAGAUGGAUUCUUAACACUGGAGUUAGAUGGAUUAUUUUUAUGCUGUUUUUAUGUGCAUUUUGGAGCUUCAAAGUUUUGGAUCCUGUUGACUUGCAUUGUAUGGACCUACAGAGCUUAAACAUUCUUCUACAAAUAUUUGUUUGUGCUCUGCAGAAGAAAGAAAUUCAUACACAUUUGGUAUAGCAUGAGGGGGAGUAAAUGAGAGAAUUUUCAUUUUUGGGUAAUUUAUCCCUUUAGCACAGCUCUUAGUAUUAUGGCCAUAUCAACUUUUUGAAAACUUUGAUCUUCACAUUUGACCGAAGAAUUUCGUAAUACUUUCAUUGCCAAAUGCUCAUUUCAAUAUCCAUGCAUGCUUUAGGUCACAGACUCUUUAGUUUAAUCUGCUUAAAAAGUCUGCAAUGUAAAGAUAUGAUAUGAUAUUAAAUACAUGAAGUGCUAAGUUGCCUUGUUUUUCCAUUCAAAAGUAACAAAAUAUGAAAACCGACAAUACUAACACGUAACAUGGGCCACAACCACUGCAAUACAAUUGUUUCAAGUUAUUAAAAACAUAAUUAGACAAAUGAUUGCCUGGCUUUGAUGGCGUAACUGUACUUAUGUAAAUAAAUAUACAAGUUCUUCUCCUUUAGAAGCCCAAGAAAGGAUAGUCAGAAUUGAGGCAUUUCUGGCACGACACAAGGUUUAUUUAAGAUUGUAUAAACACAAGAAUCUUCCAAGAGACAUUCAGGGGCUGUCUUGACAGUGCAAAUGUGACAGGCUUCUCUCUCUCUCUCUCUCUCUCUCGAGGUAUUAUGACCCAUGUGAUAAGCCUUCGUUUUGUAGUCCUUAAAGCUCACACUUCUGAUAAAAUGGAAGAUAAUUGGAGGUUGCUUAAAAACAAAUGUACAUUCAAUGAAAUUAGGCCUGUCAGUCGAUUUAUUAUUUUUUACAUUUAUAAAAUUAACAAUUACAAAUCGCAUAUUAAUAUUUGUUUAGAAAAGAGGCCAAAUUGAGAUCAUUUAAAGAUAUUAUUGUGAUAAAGGAUUAUUUCAAAGACAAACGCUGCUUUAGAUGUCAAUAUUGUUUUAUUUGCAUAUCAGUGUGCAUAAGCUUAUCACUGGUCUACAGGCCACAGCAAUCCAUGCAACAAUUGAUUUUGCACAUUCCAUUUGUGCAGUUUUUUAAAUAGUGGGUCUAGGUACAAAUCAGUCUGAUGUAUUUUUUUUUUUUUGUUUAAUAUGUAAUAGUAAAAUCUAAUUAGGUUGCAGUGGAUGAUAAUAUGGCAGACUCACUUUUCUAGCGUCUGGUCUAUAGAGCGCCUUGGAGAAACGGGUGAGGCCUUUCAUUGACAAACAUUUAACAUGUCACUGCUACAAAAGAUCAUUUAAAAGGAUUGUUCAUCCAAAAAUGACAAUUCUGUCAUUUAAUCACCCAAAUGUUGUUCGAACCCUGUAUGACAUUCUUCAUUUGAAUGCCAAAGAUGAUGUUAGGCAGAGUGUUAGAAAAUGACAGCCUCAGACACCAUCAGGGUUCCCAAUCUUAUCAAGGCUCAAUUUUCCAGAUUUUAUGCACCUAACAAUUUAAGCAAAACACAUGCAUCCAUUUAAAUUGAGCUUUUAUUUUGACGUUUCUGUGUGCAUUGCAAAAUUCCAGGUUUUCCAGGAUACGUGGGGAUCCUGACCGUUCACUUUCAUUUCCAUUCAAUGACAGUGAACAUCUUUUGUGCCUCACGGAAGAAGGAAAGUCAUAUAGGUUUAGAACAACAUAAGGGUGAGUAAUUAAUGAUCAUUUGGGGGUGAACUAUACCUUUAAAAGGACAUUUAUGUUGGAAAGAGAAAAAAAAAUGUCCAGGGUGCUCAAGGAGUUCAAAAAAGUAUAUGAAGGUGCUCUUUGGGGUCGAGAGUUCAAUGUCAUGUAGAAAAAGGAAAUCCAAGGCACUCUUCUUAGGAAAAUAAAGAAGCCUUUAUUGGACUGGCUAUAUCAUGAUAGAAAAAAUAAUUAAAACAUGUGGGGGAAAAGAUACAACCCACGUGUAACAGCACAAACAGCCUUCUUCAGGGUAUAUUUUCCAAACAAACAAUUUCCUCUUUUAUAGAUGCUAAUUGGAAACACCUGGAUGACAAAUAGCCUGCACAUACAGAGAAGGUCCAC